AUUUCAACUGCAGAUGCAAGUGUACGAAGAGUGUCGUGGGCUUGAGUGAUAUCAGUUGUGCAAUAAGAGUAAACAAUUAAAUAUCAGACAAUCGUGGAAUAUAUAGUUUAAUAAAUUUUCUAUUAUAUUUUGAAAUCCGUGUCUAUUUACUUAGUGCGUAAUUUAAAAGCAUUCACAAUCGCACAGUACAUACAGACAGACAUACAUAUACAUAACGUAACAUGUGUGAGCGCGAGUGAGAGCAACAAACGUCAACAUGACAGCAACAACAGCAGUAGCAAUAGCAGCAGCAGAGUAAAAGAGAGCCCCCAGCCAGCUGUGCAGGUCGUCGUGGUCGAUUUCUGUUUUUAGGCUCCCCCCGUAAAAGGAACAAAAAUUUUCAGUCGAAAUUUUGUUAUUUACAUUGUGCUAAGGAUUAACGCAGUGUGUGUGUGUGUCAGAGAGUAAACAAUAUAUAUUUUUGAAAAAUAAAUUGUUCGUUAUUGAAUUGCAAGUGCGCUUAAGGGUGAAUUACAUUUGUUAUGCAGAUAUUAAAUCUGUACAAACUCAAGUGCAUCAUUUUAGACAAACUGCGUCACACUUGGACAUUUAUUAUAUUUGUCGCCAAACUACUCGAUAGUUCUUAUCGAAAAGCGAUCAAUCAGGCCCACAACCAUAACAAUAACAACAACAAUAAUAACAAUAACGUGAUGGAACAAGAAAUGCAAGAGGAGCAACAACAACAACAACAACAGCAGCAACAACAACAACAACAGCUGGAACAAGCACAAGCUGAUUUUGUGGCACGUUUUAAUGCAAUUGGCGAACCAAUGGAUGCCAGCGAUAUGGAGAAUGAGGAUGCUGACGAUGAAAUCGAUAUCGAUGACGAGGACGACGAUGACGAUGACAACGAUGUUAGCGAUGAGGAUGAAUCGGAUCCCGAAAUGGAGGAAAUGUAUUCCGAUGGCGAUUGGUCGACCUCCAACGACGAGAGCGAAGUCUCUACAACCAUAUCGAACGUGGGUCUCGGACAGUCAUCCUCCGCAGACCAAUCGGAGCAACCGAAACCCGAGCGACCCAUGUACAAUUUUCAACCAGGCCGUUUGGUGAAAUGUCAGUUCAAGGAGAAACAUUGUAUUGGCGGAUUCCCAUUGGCGCGUAGUGGCCAUCGGAUUAUUGCAUCCAAAUCGCAUCUGUAUUCGCUGGGUGGCUAUAAUCCGCGCAGUGCGUUGACUGCUGCCCGACGAGGCAGAUGCCUUCUUUUCCAGGAGUUGUGGAGCUACAAUUUUGCCACCAAUAGCUGGAAGCUGGAACUGAAUGCGGACAAUGCCAGUAACAUGCCCACAGAGUUGGCCUCAAAUGCGCUUGCCAUUCACAACGAUGUGCUGAUUUCACAUGGCGGCACUGGAUAUCCGUUUGGAGAGUCGUGCUCCAACGAUUGCUAUGUGUAUCGCACCGGUGAGGAUAAGGCGGGCGUGGAACGUUUAAAGGUCAGCGGAGAUCUGCCCACGGCUCAGUAUGGUCCGGGCAUUGUUAUACACAAGCACUAUUUGUAUACGAUUGGCGGCACGACGGGUUUCGACUACUCCUGCGAUGUGUACCGCUUGGAUCUGCGUACCAAGGUGUGGGAGAAUGUGUACAUAUGCCGGCCAGAGAUGCGUGACGAUCCAGAGGGACGCUAUCGCCAUGAGGUCGUCUAUGAUGGCAAACACAUCUAUGCUUUGGGUGGCGGCACUUCGAAUUCGGUGUUCGAUCUGCAGCGCAUUCCGGCCUACAAUCUAGAUGCGAACAGAUGGGAUUACUUUGAUACGCUGCCGGAUCGCAGUAGCAAGGCCUGGAGCCAGAAUGACAAGGGCUAUCCGAAACCGCGAAAGUGCUUUUCUUGUGUGCAACACCAGUCGUCCAACGGUGACAUUGAAGCAUUCAUCACUGGCGGUCUGCAGGGUGAUUUCUCAACGUAUUUCUCGGAUAUUUGGAAGUUGAAUUUACGUACGAAGCAAUGGACCAUUAUACAGACGGCCAGCUUACCGCGUCCAUUGUACUUCCAUUCGGCGGCGCACUCGGACAACGGUUGCAUGUACAUCUUUGGCGGCAUCGAGUACCAUGACAAGGAGAUGCGUCGUCGCAACGAUCUCUACAAGAUGUGGAUGACCAUACCAAAGCUAAGUGAAAUGUGCUGGGACGCCAUCACUUACUACAAUGAUAAUCUCGAUCUGUACGAUCGCAAGGCAUUGCUCAGGGCUGGCAUACCCAAGCGAUUCACCGAGCGAUUGCCGCCACAGCGUCAGGCUGGCGAUGACAAUGAGCCGGGUACAUCGAUAAUGACGUCGUUGUACUCCAUUGCGAAACGUGCCCGAUCCCAAAUGCAAUAAUAGGCUGGCUUACUAUGAGAGCAUAACAACAUCCUCCCCAACAACAACAACAACAACUACGACAUCAACAAGAAUCCCUGCCCAACAAAAAAUAAAAGUUGUGAAUUGAUCAUGUGAACUGAGUGGUGGUUGCUCCUGUGUUGCAAGUUACGUUUCGGUUAUUUUGUUUUUUAUUGUUUCGAAUGAUGAGAAAAAUACAUUAUUUAGUUUUUGAGCGCGCGCUGUGAUCGAAUACGGAAGGACAUUUAUAUUUAUAUACAUAUGUGUAUUUUGAUAUUUCGUAGACUCGAGUUGAAAGGCGAAGAAGACGAUGAUGAAGAAGGCAUGUUUAGCAUGUAAAUAAGACGUAAUUAAGUUUAGAUAGUGGAUCGAUAGCAGAUACGGCAGAAUGCAAUUGUACGAAAUCCAAAAUGAUAAUAGACUCUGUGUCAACAAAUUUCAAAAAGAAUGUAAUGUAACUGAAGAACCAACCAGCGCACAAUCCACAGACCACAGCCCAUAAUAUCCAAUCUUAAUAUUCACACACAUAUUCUACAAUAUCAGUAUAUCCUUCCAAGUAUUGCUGUUUUCUCUUCUCCCCCCUCUACACAUACACGCUCCCCAACUUGCUGCACUUGCAGUGCUAGAUGCACCUUCCGCCCCCCACUCCAAUAUAAAAACCUUGAAGGCUACACCAAAACAAUGUCAUAUAGAGGAAGUAUGAGCAGAGGCAGGCAAUUUUGCGAGAACGUUUCUUCUUGUUGUGGUGCUCUCGCAAAGUGCCCAAUAGCAAUGUACUUCCAAUGUAUUUUUUUGUCAACGUGUACAUAAUAUUUUAGACGUAGUAAUAUUUAAAUUAACCGUAAGAUUUGCGUCUUUAUUAUUGUGGUAUAUUUUGAAAGGCACUUAAACGAGCCUGCCCCAAUAUAAACAAAGUUUGCUCGAUAUUAUAUACAUAUAUUAUAUAUUAGCCCAGGCUACAUUUGGUUGAUUUUAAGUUAAUAAACGUUUUUAAUGUAAC